UUUUUGUCAUCUCAUCGCUGUUUACGUCUUCGUGUACUUUACGUGUUUAAUCCCUUUCAAGAUGUCCAAGACCACCACCACUACCACCCGGGCCAUGCUCUUCGACAUGGACGGUACUCUUCUCGACUCUACUCCCGCCGUGUUGGCCACUUGGGAGUAUUUUGCCAAGGAGUAUGAUCUUGACCUUCACCAGGUUUUGCGUACUUCCCACGGAGUGAGAACUAUUGACAACAUGAGGAAAUGGUGCGGAAUCGAGGACCCUAUCCAACUGAGGGAUGCAACCGAGACCUUUGAGAGCAUGAUUGUCACCGAGGCCAAGCAACUGCAGGCUGCUGGCAAGGAAGGCCUUAUCGCCCUUCCUAAUGUCCUUCCCCUUCUCAACAAGCUCAACGCCUCCCCCAUCCCUGUCUGGGCUAUUGUCACCUCUGCAACCACUGUCUAUGCCUCUGCUGCCUUGCCAACAGCUGGUAUCCCCGAAACGCCCAAAUUGAUUACUGGUGAUGAUGUUCGUAAUGGAAAGCCUGACCCAGAGCCUUAUUUGGCGGGCGCCAAAGCUCUCGAUGUGGAUGUCAAAGAUUGUGUUGUCGUAGAAGACGCCCCUUCAGGUAUCAAGUCUGGUGUUGCUAGUGGCGCAAGGGUCUUGGCCGUCUGCACAUCCCACACCAGAGAACAAUUAGAAAAUAUCGGUGCCACCUGGAUCGUGACUGACCUAUCUCGAGUAACAUUCGAGAUUGAAGGCGGACGAGUGAAGUUGACCAUCGACGAGACCCCUUAGGUAUGAAAUAGAAGAUACCAUUUGCAUUUGCAUGAACAUCUA